AUAUCUAUUUUUUUAUGUCUGCUUUGUUGUGCUUGGAAAAAGUGUCAAAAUUAGCAAUUUUUUGUGUUUUCAUUUAAAAUUAUUGCUAAUCGAUUUGGUUAUUUAUCCAGGGCCAUGACUUCGUUGGAACCUGCACAAAAUAAAACAUGGGAUUUAUCAUUGUACGAGCUGCAGCGGAAUCCGCAAGAAAUCAUCACGGACAAUACCGAGAUCGCAGUGUCACCGCGGAGUCUGCACAGCGAAUUGAUGUGUCCCAUUUGUUUGGACAUGCUAAAAAAGACAAUGACAACCAAGGAGUGUCUCCAUCGUUUUUGUUCGGAUUGUAUUAUUACAGCUUUACGUUCAGGAAAUAAAGAAUGCCCAACUUGCCGAAAGAAGCUUGUCUCAAAGCGCUCACUUCGGCCUGACCCCAAUUUCGAUCUCCUAAUAUCGAAAAUAUAUCCCAGUCGUGAAGAAUACGAAGCUAUACAAGAAAAGGUUAUGGCCAAAUUUAAUCAAACCCAAUCGCAGCAAGCAUUGGUUAACUCCAUUAAUGAGGGCAUUAAAUUACAAUCUCAAAAUAGGCCGCAACGUUUCCGUGCCAAAGGUUGUGGUGGACGCAAUGGCGGCAAUAAUGGAAACCAUAAUUCAGCUAAUGCGAAUAACUCUAAUAAUGAGAGCGCCACAAAUGGCAAUGACAGCGAUAAUCGCGAAAGUGCAAAUGGAAAUGCACCUCAACCUUCUGCAGCCGCACCACCUUCAACACAUUCCAGCACCUCGGCGGCGGCAGCAUCGACGUCUGUUAGUACUGCCAGCACUAGCCGAAUGCAACCAGAUGAUGGCGCCUCAAAUCCACCAUCCAUGCGCAGUACUCCAUCGCCAGUACCAUCGAAUUCGAGCAGCUCGAAACCAAAGCGCGCUAUGUCGGUGCUGACAUCGGAACGUUCUGAGGAGUCGGAAUCCGACUCACAGAUGGAUUGUCGCACCGAAGGCGAUUCUAAUAUCGAUACCGAAGGUGAAGGUACGGGUGAGCUUGGGAUAAAUGAUGAAAUAGAGUUGGUUUUUAAACCACAUCCAACUGAAAUGGCAGGUGAUAAUCAAUUGAUGAAGGCUUUGAAAGAAAAUUGCAUUCGCUAUAUAAAGACGACUGCAAAUGCCACAGUUGACCACUUGAGCAAAUACUUAGCUAUGCGGUUAACAUUGGAUUUAGGAUCAGAACUUCCAGAAGCAUAUCGAAUGCUAAAUUUUUGCAUAUACAUUGCGCCACAACCUCAGCAGUUGGUUGUAUUGAAUGGUAAUCAGACGCUUCACCAAGUAAAUGACAAAUUCUGGAAGGUAAACAAACCAAUGGAGAUGUAUUAUUCGUGGAAAAAAUCCUAAGCAAUGGUGAUUAUUUAAAUCAAAGAUAUUGCAAGCGGCAUCGCAAAGUAAACAUCCACACAUUUAUCCGGGUUUUAUUGCCUUUCGAUCCGCUGGCUAUAUCAUAAGAAAAUUAUAUAAGUGCGCCCAUAAAUAUGCUUUGUAAAGCAUAAGCUUUAUAUCGGAAAUACAUAAACGCAAAUGCAUGCACAUACAUUUAUAAAGUGAAAUAAAUUAAUUUAAAUAACGUAAAG